UCUUAAUGCGGCCUCCUCAUCUUCGUUCUUCACUCAUCCCCUCGCGCGAUCAAGGAGCAGCACUGCAAACCCUAAUCUCUCUCUCCUACGCGCCGUCGGAACCACGCCUCUGUCGCCGGAUCCCAGUAAUUCGUCGCCGAGGUCCUGAUUCCGUGGCCUCUUCUAGGGUUCGGAGAUGGGUGACCACAUGACCGUCUUCCGCUCGCUUUGCGAGCUCUUCCCUCAGGUUGAUCCUCGAAUGCUGAAGGCUGUUGCAAUAGAGCACCAUAAUGAUGCUGAUUCCGCCGUGGUUGCUGUCCUUGAUGAAGUCAUGCCAUCUUCAGUUGGAAUUUCUAGCGUUGACCAUGAAUCCGUCAUUUUUAAUGAUGACCUAGUCAGAAAUUUUUCUGCUCAUGGUGCGCGUGAAACAGGAAGUUCAUCAUCUGCUGGUUCAAUCGGGACCUCUAGCCUCCAUCAUGGACCUGGGGUAAUUGUGGAUGACCUUGUCAGAAAUUUAUCCGCUAAUCAUUCUGUGCGUGAGGUGGGAAGUUCAUCAGCUGCUGGGUAUAAUGUGCGGGAUGAAGCUAACGGAAGUGUUGAUUCUGCACGAUGCACAUCUUCUACAGAGUUCAUAAUGCAAGAAAAUGUAGUGGGUGAACGAGAUGUGACUCCAUCAUUCCAAGUGAUGAGCAAGCAACUAGAUUUCCCUUUCUAUUCUGCCCCUGAACUUAAUGAUAAAUCGCGUGAUUUGACCCUUGAAGAUCAUUUGGAAUCCUGUUAUACGAGUAACUUAGAUCAUUCAGACAGUGGAGUUGGCAAUGGUGGAUCUUUCUCAAGUGAAUAUAUUGUUCAACCACUCAUGCGGGAAAAUGGGAAUGACAGCAUAGAUCUUAAUGUUGCACAAGUCCAAGAGCAAGAUUUGGACAUUGCAGUCCCAGUUGGGGAUUAUAUUUCCCAGGAUAGUUCUUUGAAGUUUCCUUGUAAUUAUUUGGAAGUGGGUUACAACACUUCUGCUCCUGUUCCCAACAGUGAAGUCUCACCUGAGUUGCUGUGUACUGAAAAAGACGCUUUUGCAUCUGCUCUGGAUUUUCCUAUAUCAGACAUCAAAGAAUCAUUUGUUGGGUCUUCUGCAGUCUUAGUACAGAAGGAUGAAAACAGUGCCAACAUUGAUUACAACACACAACAGUCAGGAGAUAUAAUUGAGCAUGGCGACACAUUCUUGUCUUCUCAAAGUGAUCUGAUUCCUGAUCUCAAUUCUAAUCACUUCGUCUCAAUGGCUUCAACUCAUUCAAGCCAGUCUGUUAGUAUUGAGUCACUUGAGGAUUCCAUUGCUGAUGCGAAAAACAAGAAGAACGAUCUGUUACCCUCUCUUCAGCUGGUUACGAAGAUGAUAGAGGAUGUAGAACUUCUUGAAGAAAAGGCUGAAGUGGCCAAGCGUGAAUCAUCUACUUCUGGUGCAAGCAUCCUCACCAAAGUUGAGGAGCUCAAAGAGAUGUUGAAUCAUGCAAAAGAAGCAAACGAUAUGCAUGCUGGUGAGGUUUACGGUGAGAGAUCUAUUUUGACCACGGAGGCACGGGAGCUCCAAUCUCGACUUCAGAGGCUGUCAGAAGAGAGGAAUAAUUAUCUAGAUGUAAUUGAAGAGAUACGGCAAACUCUUGAGGAAAGAUUGGCUGCUGCACAACUGGAAUAUGAAGCUGCUGAGAAGGAAAAGGUUAAAAAGGAAGCUUCUGCUCAGGCACUGCUUAGCAAACAGGAAAAGGAGAUGAAUUCCAUCGUUGAAGAAUCAAGAAAGUUGCAGAAAGAAGCUGAGGAGAAUUUGAAGCUGAAGGAUUUCUUGGUUGAGCGGGGUCGAAUUGUGGAUACACUGCAAGGUGAGAUGGCUGUUAUCUGUGAGGAUGUAUCACAACUGAAGCGAAUAGUGGAUGAGCGCCUAUCAUGGAGCAAGUUACAGCGAUCAACAAUUUCAAGCCUCUCUUCUUCGCUGCAUUCUUCACUUCACAGGAGUGGGAGUUCCUCAGAUAGGACUAUUGGAGCAGUUGAGGCUACAGAUAAACAUACAGUCGCUGAAGGUGCAAGGCCAGGUGUUGAAGACCCGGAUGUGGACGAGAGAAUGGUUGAAAUGUUAGAUGGCUGCGAUAAUGAAAGUGCAAGUUGGGUGGUUGAAGACGAUAGCAAGCAUAGGGGUUCCAACGAGGAUGGCUGGGAGAUUCUGAACUGAAGAUGCCUGAAGAUUGGCCGAUUGCAUGAGGAUCUCAAUAAAAAUAGCAAAUCAGGGAUAAUAGUCAUUUAAUAAACGGUCCAUCGGCCUUUGUUUUGGAGCAAAUGUAGCAGGCUUUACUAUUCUGGCACUCGUCAGACUGGCAGUUGCCCUUUUUGUGAAGCCAUGGCGGCAGUAUUUGAGAUGAGUGCAAAUUGGGCUGACAUGAUAUGUGUAUAUACCGUGCUUCAGCUUAUAAUAUAUAAAAUUGAUGGUUACGGUGCCA